CGAUAUCAUCCAAUAUUUGCCAAUAAACUCUCCAUUCCUCGACAUCUUCAUUUAACAUUGCAUAACCAUCGUCAUGAAAAAGACGUGUAUAUGAUUUUCCUAUUACUCUAUAUCAUUGCAUUUAUAUUGUACUGUAAUCUUCAGGCAAUUGAAAAUAAUAAUAACAAUGACGAAAAAGUGAAUAAUAUUAACGUUACGUUAAAUGAGUACUAA